AUGCCUCCACGAAGAGUGUACAGAAAUGUACCCGUGAAUGAGGAAGAACACAGAGAACCUACGCCGCCGCCCCCACCUCAAGAUAGGAGGGUGGAAGAACUUUUCUUAAGACAGAACCCCCCGACUUUCGCAGGCACGGGAGACCCUGCUGAAACGGAAGAAUGGAUUCAUGCUAUGGAACGAAUCUUUCGAUUUUUGAGAUGCAACGACGCAGAACGUCUUAUGUGCGUGUCUUACCAGUUGAAAGGAACCGCCGACUAUUGGUGGGAAGCAAAGCAGAAAACUAUGGCCCCGGAGCAGUUAGAUGAACUCACUUGGGAGCUUUUUAAGACUGCUCUGUUGGAGUACGAUCGACUAUUCUGCGAUCUGGCUCGCUAUACACCGUAUAGAGUGGAUACGGAUGAGAAGAUGUCCGAGUUGUUUUGUGCCGGACUGCGACAAGAGAUAAGGGUUGUAUUGGCUAGUCAAACGGCACUUUCCUAUGCCGAGGCCUUGAACAGAGCUCUAGAUAUGGAGCUAGCAAUGCAACCGGAGAAAACAACACACGCACCAACGCCUCCAUCAGCUCAAUAUACGCAAGUAUCAAACACUCCCUACUCUAACCAAGGACAGAAAGGAAAACGCAAAUGGGAAAAUCGUGGAAAUGAGGGUAAAAAGCUAUGA